AUGUUGACUGGUGCACGUCUAUCUAGGCAAAGCCGGAGGCUCGUGGGCCGUGUGCACGGCAACGGCGCCUCGCUAACAGCACCAGCAAUAGCAGAAAACCGGUUGACACACCAUGACGGUAGCGACAACAGCAAGAGGACCUGUCGUGGGUACCUGAGGCCGCCACAGCACCUUCUGCAGGCACAAACGUUGCACGUACCGGCACUGCAGCAGAGGGGACACAGGAGUAGUAGCGUUACCAGGCUUGGAGGGGAUGGUAGCGCAAUUGGAGCUGCUGCUUUGGGUGGGGGGCGCGGUCUAGACUUGUCAGCAGCGUGGAGAGGAGCGGCGGCGGCAGGCGGGACGGUUGGGGCUCGACGGAGCUUUUGGGGGCGGAGCGGUGGCGAUGGUUCCCAGGCAGGAAGCAGCGGCAGCGGCAGCGACAGCGGCAGCGGCAGCGAGGACAGCGCUGGUUUUCCUGAGACGGGAGGAGCUGCAGACGCGGAUGGGUGGUCCGCACCCCCGGACGCGUGGGCGCCUGACGAGGUCCCCCCGGAGAUACCGCAAGACGCCUCCGUGCCGGGUUUCGACGUCGGGGAAGGCUUUUCUGUUGACUCUGCUGCCGCGGCGUUGGACGCCGUGGCAGGGGCGGCGCCGGACGCUUCUGCGGUUGGCACGGCCAUGACCGCCACGGGACUGUCAGCCGCGGACCUCGGCAUGUACCCUCACCACCUCUUCAUGCACGUGAUCGAGUACGUCCAAGCGACCGCCGGUGUGCCCUACUGGGAGGCGAUCGUGAUGGUCUCCGUCGCCGCUCGGAUAGCGGUGCUGCCGGCCGUGGCAACUUUUCUCGGCAUGUCCAAGCGCCUGAACAUGAUCAAGCCGGAAAUGGCGGUGCAUCAAGGAAAGAUGCAGGACAUCAAGAACAGGAUGGAGGCCAACCCGGAGAUCAAGGAAGCCGCGAUGGCGGAGAUGAUGCUCGUUUCGCAGGAGAUGGGGAACCUGCUCAAGCAACACAGGAUCCACUUCCCCAAGAUGAUGCUGUCCAUGUUUGCGCAGUUCCCGGUGUUCAUUUCGCUCUUCCUCGCAACCAGAGAUAUGGGAACGUACUUCCCUGGCUACAUGACAGGGGGCUUGGACUGGAUGAUGAACUUGAACGCGCCCGAUCCCACAUGGACGCUGCCCAUCCUCACGUCCGGAUCGAUGAUCCUCCUGAUGGAACUGGGGUCCGACAUGCCGGCCGCCCAUGGCCCAGACAAGCCCAACUUCAACCCCAAGGUCAUGUUCCGCGUGAUGAGCGUCGUCUUCGUGCCGGUGGCCUUCAGUAUGCCCGCCGGCGUUCUCGUCUACUGGACGACCACAAACGUCUUCGGCAUGCUGCAGCGGGGGCUGUUCGAGAUGCGGCCGGUGCAGCAGGCCCUGGGGUGGCCGCUGCCCGAGGACAUGCCGGCGCCCGCGGCUCCAGCCGACAAGAAGGAACCUGCCGAGGCUGACUUCGCGAGCAAGGAAGACUUGGAGAGGUGGGGGGGUGGGGGCGAGGGGGCCUCUGGCGAGGCGUCUAGGGCGGCGGCGGAGGCAGCGGAGCGGGCGAGAGAGGCUGUUGCAAAAGCUUCCAAGGUUCGACACGAGGAGCUCAAGCGGCAGCAUGGGGAGCGAAGUGGAGAGGACGGCCCGAAAUAA